AGAGGGAUAGAGAGAGAGAGAGGUUCUCAACUCUGGAAACUUUUAGAAAGUUGCAUGACUGAUCUCAAAAAGAUUUUUAGUACAUGUUUUUUUGUUUUCUUUGAAAAUGAUUUCCCUUUCACUGUCAAGUGCUCUCUAUAUGUUAGAAAAACAACAAAAUCUCCUUCAAUGGCUUUAAAAAAAAAACACCAAUGUAUCCCCCUUCCCAUCAUUCUCUCACCCACUGCAUGCUGGUACAACACAUCGACACGCAUCUACUAGUUUCAAGGUGUAAUGUCGUUUUUAUCAAGUUGACAGUCGAUCACGUCAAUAUUUUAUAACGUACAUGACCGAGCCAAUAAAAAAAAUGUAAGAACAAGAAUCGAUGUCUACAUUUAGUGUGAGCAGAGUUGUUUCCCUGCACAUGCUGUUGGUGAGAUCAAAUAUGAGUGGAGACUAGACGCACGUAAAGUGGGUGAUUACUUACGAACCUAUCUGUCACAGCAGGUGUCACUGAAAUAUGUUAUAAUAACAUCUCGAUAGAAAUAAAGUUAAAAACUAUUUCCACUAUUUAUGCUAAUCAAUACAAUCAUCAAUGGUGAAGACUAAUCGAAUUAGAUGUCUGAAACUUGGAUUGAUCUGGGUUUGCCUAUUGUUAGCUAUCUAUGUUUAUGACCUGCACUUUGCCGAGGAAGUGAAACAGAUGAGCGUCUUGAACGUAGGGGCACUCAAUGAACUUCGCCAAACAAAAACACACAAUUUUAGAAUGAAAGAUGACGUCACAUUCUCUGCAGCGGCGCCACAUGAAGGCUUUCAUGAUGUCAAACUAUAUGAUGACGCACUGGAAAUCUCCAAAGAUGGCCAGCAAAACUCCAAGGUGUAUUUUUCCGAUUUCAAAAAUAUGUCACAGAAAAAUGUCUCUAACGUGUCCGGGAUAAAUAUGUCCACUAGGACCAGCUUCGUGCAUGCCGAGAAUAAGACCACACCAAGUGUGUCGCUGCCACCAGCAGCCCAGGAGAACCAAACGAUCACUAAGACAGCGCCUCCAACAUACCGGAUAUCAGGCAGGGAACACUGGACAAUCAACGAACUGGGCAGGUACAAUGUCAGCCUGUUUUCCCCUCCUCCUGGUGAGACUCCAAAACGUCGUUUCCCAAAAGCCAUCAUCAUUGGUGCUGGCAAGUGUGGCACACGAGCUCUCCUCGAGUUCUUGCAGAUGCACCCCUACGUGGUGGCCGCUAAUAGCGAGGUCCAUUUCUUCGACCAGGACGAGCACUUCCAGAAAGGUUUCACCUACUACAAGUCGAAGAUGCCUCUAUCUUACAGUAACCAAGUGACAAUCGAGAAGACACCAUCUUAUAUUUGGAGCGAGAGAGCGAUUCACGAGAUUUAUAAACUGAACAGAAACAUGAAGUUAAUCUUAAUCAUCAAGGAUCCGGUAGUCCGAGUUAUUUCUCAGGCUAUUAGAAGCUGUCCGGACAACCCAGAAUCUACUUUCAUUCAAGAACAUGAGGGCACAUUGAGAGUGUCCAACGAGUCUCGAACUGUAGACUGGGGGAUCUAUGUGAAAUACAUUAAGUUGUGGCUACAGGUUUUCCCAAAGUCUCAGCUUCAUAUUCUAGAGAGUCGAGACUUUGUGACGAACCCAACACUGGAGAUCCAAAGACUGGAAUACUUCUUGGGAAUUCCCCGGAUGAUCACAGAGAAAAACUUUCAUUUCAACAAGAGCAAAGGAUUUUACUGCAUGCGACCCUUCCAUCUGAAAACAAUUGUCUGCCUCAGCUCGGGGAAAGGCAUGCCACACCCCAAAAUCAAUCCAAUACUAGAGAAUCUACUGUACAAAUAUUACAGACCUCACAAUGAAGCAUUGUUUCAGUUGCUAGGGAAGCGAUACGACUGGACACCAAAAACACGAUGAGGUUUAAAUGUCACGGAACGAAAGUUUCUAUGAAACACUCACGAUGAAGAAUUGCACUACUGGACAGUGAAGUCUGAAGAGCAACCAAAGACUCCAAAGGUCAAGACCACAAACAUUUCUUUUUAUAUCAAGUCAAUAACUCUCGUUAUUAGAUCGAAUGCUAUUUAAACAUGUGUACACUUUGGGAUAAAAGCGUAAACUUUACUGAUGCUUGUGUAUGAGAAUUUCAUCUGUGUCUUUGUUUACAUCUUAUGAUUGAUGUCGUAAAUUUAAUUAUAGAGUCUGUGCAAGAGAGAGAGAGAGAAAGGGAAAUAAAAAAAAAUGGUACUGAUUUGCUAUUCUACUAUUUUAAUUAUUUCUUGGAUACAUUUGAUAAAUUAUCAAAGAAGCAACAUUAUAAACUACAGUUUUGGGAAUUGUAAUGUUAGAUAUAUGGCACGAGUGACUCACAAAACAGUUUGUUCGAAUUUGAAGCUUUGGCUAUAAUGGUACGAUUGGUAGUUUUGUAUUUUACAUGGAUGUGGAGGGGUAAGAAGGUCAACAUACGUGUUGAUCUAGAAUGUUGUUUCCCUGAAUGUAAUGGAACUAUGGAAGUAUGAUUUUAGAACAUGGUGUACUUUUAUAUUUAUAUCAAAUAAUUGUAAAAAAAAAAACCAACAAAACAACUUUCUAAUGUUUCUUGUAUGUUAAUGAAUAAAUAAUAAUUUCAUUUC